AAUUUUCUUUGCACAUAAUCUGCAGCUAAAGCAUAAGGAGUCAUGGUGCUUUUUCCAUCUUUCCUUGAUGGAUUGGGAAGAACCAUGUCGAUCAAGAAGACAAAGAAUUGCCAUAAUGAUACGGCAAAGGAGACUGCAGAAGAAUUGGCAAAAGAAGCAAAAAAGAAUGAGCUGGUUUUGAGUUCUUCCGGGACUGUUGAUUCUGACAAGUCUAACAAUUUUUCUUCUGUUUGCUCCAAGAGAGGCCAAAAGGGUAUCAAUCAGGAUUGCUUGGUAAUAUGGGAGGAAUUUGGGUGCCAAGAAGACAUGAUCUUUUGUGGAGUGUUUGAUGGACAUGGACAACGGGGACAUCUUGUUAGCAAAAUGGUCAGGCAGUCUAUGCCUUCUUCUCUCUUGUGCAAUUGGCAAGAAACUCUCAGUUUAACAUCACUUGACCUGAACUUUAAAAUAGAGAGGGACCGAAAGCUCCAUCGAUAUGAUACAUGGAAGCAAUCCUUUCUUAAAACAUAUGCUGACAUUGACCAGAAGCUUAAGCAUUCUUCUAAAAUCGAUUCCUAUCGAAGUGGUACCACAGCUUUGACAAUUGUUAAGCAGGGUGAACUUCUCAUCAUUGCACAUGUUGGUGAUUCUCGGGCUGUUUUGGCUUCCACUUCUGAAGAUGGGAGCUUGGUACCUAUCCAGCUUACAGUCGACUUCAAGCCUAACUUACCUCAGGAGGCUGAGAGAAUCAGAAGGUCCAAUGGACGAGUGUAUUGUCUACCUGAUGAACCGGGCACAUAUAGGGUGUGGAUGCCAAAUGGAAAGACACCAGGACUAGCAGUAUCAAGAGCUUUUGGUGACUAUUGUGUAAAGGACUUUGGGCUUAUAUCUGUGCCUGAUGUGAGCCAAAGAUACAUAACCAGCAAAGACCAGUUUGUCAUUCUAGCAACAGAUGGGGUAUGGGAUGUUAUUUCCAACAAAGAAGCUAUACAAAUAGUUUCUUCAGCACCAGAUAGGAACAAAGCAGCAAAAAAACUGGUGGCAUGUGCUGCUCUUGCCUGGAAGUCUAAGAGAAGAGGCAUUGCAAUGGAUGACAUCUCUGCCAUUUGCCUCUUCUUUCACCCCAACUCAUCAUCGCAACGAACUAAACCUUUGGUUUCUGAAUAUACUGGUGGGAAGAAAUCUGGAUGCAUGUAGAUUUAGUUGCUACCUCAUGUGUGGCAAUAGAUAUACAAAUACAAUAAAAAUUCCUCAGUUGUCCUAAUAUCCUGCUUUGGUGUAUAGCAAGCCCUCUUCUUGAUUAGUAUAUCCGAUUUAGGAAGUUGGUGAUCGAACACUGAAUUCAUAGAUUAAGAGACUGUAUGAUGUUCAAAACAAAGACAGAGAGUUGGUUACAUAUGCAUGUUAUUUUCUGAUUUUAACAAGAGCAGCAUGCUUGCAUCUCACUUCUGAUUUUCACAAA